AUGCAACAGAACAACAAUGGAUAUACGGCACCUAUAAUAUCGACUGCCUCACAAUCGUUCAACUCUAUAGCGUCUUGGAAACAGAGUAUCGUCAACCAAUUGAACCAGAGAAACACUGUACAGACAAAUGCAUUCUCUGAGAUCAUAAAGGUGUACAACGAUCUUAUGAAGCGUGAACGUCAACUACAAGAGAGAAACACCAUCUACGAGAAAGAGAUCCUUGCACUAAGAAACGAAAAGAGAGGUGAAAAAGGUGCAUCUACUUCAUCUUCAUCAAGUGGAUCUGUUAGUAAUAGAGGUAAAACGAUUGAGGAAUUGGAGAAUAAGAUAUACAAGUUACAAGAGGAUUUGACACUGAGUUACAAGACCAGUGCUGACAAUGCUAGUAGUUUGUUGUCGCUCAACGAUAAGAAUAAGGAUCUGCAGAAUGAGAUGGUCUCGAAAGAGAUCGAGUUGGAGCGUGUCAGGAGUAUGUUGACAUCGAGUGAGGAUAGCUACAAGAGGUUGGAGGCCAUCAUCGAGGAGAAGACAACCGUAACACAGAUCCUCAAGGACGAACUAUCUGCACUCCAGAGUGAGUUCCUUCACAACGAGAGCAAAGUAAUCAAGCUUGAACAGGAAAACAGUGAACUACUGGAGCGUUGGAUCAGAAAGAAGAACGAAGAAGCAAGUAAAAUGAAUGAAGCAAACGAUUUCUAUCAUAAGAUGGUAGAACAAAGAGAACAAUUUGUACAUAUAAAGAAUGAUGAUAUAAAUAUUAAUAAUAUAUCGACAAUGGAUGUAGAUGCUGAAAUACAAAAUGGAAGAAAUUUAUUAGAUAAACAAUUGAAUAUGACAUCAUCGCUAUUACCAAGUAAAUCUAGGAAGAAGUUUGCAGCACAUCAAUCAGAGGUAUAUUGUUUGGCGUUCAAUUCGAACGGUCAGAUGUUUGCCUCUGGAAGUAGCGAUAAAUCAGUUAAACUCUGGGAUGCACUAUCAUGUACACACAAAACAACACUACUAGGUGCAUCACAAUCGAUCAUGUCUGUCAAUUUCUCACCGAACGACGAACAUAUACUUGGUACAAGUAAUGAUAACUCUGCCAGACUUUGGAAUGUCGAAUUAGGUAGACCAAGACAUACUCUGACGGGACAUAUAGGUAAAGUUUAUACAGGUAAAUUCAUGUUGGGAUCGGAUAAAGUGGUAACUGGAAGUCACGAUAGAACUAUAAAGUUGUGGGAUCUUCAGAAGGGUUAUUGCAAUCGUACGAUAUUUUGUUUUAGCAGUUGCAAUGAUUUGGUUACCCUGAAUACAGGUUCGUUGAUUGCCAGUGGACACGUCGAUCACAGUGUCCGUUUCUGGGACUGCAAUAGUGGUGAGUCGGUGCGUGUGCUCGAGGCCAUCCACGAGGGACAGAUCACAUCGAUCUGUCAGUCACUCGAUCCCAACCUGAUACUCACCAACUCGCGUGAUCAUACCCUGAAGAUCAUCGACGUUCGUACCUACCUCACUCUAAAGACAUUCAAAGACCAAGACUAUCGCAACGGACUCAAUUGGUCACGUGCUUCCUGGUCGCCCGACGGAAAAUAUGUCGCCGCUGGAUCCAUCGAUGGAUCUAUUUGCGUGUGGAACGCAUUAUCAGGUAAAACUGAAAAGAUUAUAUCAAAAGUACAUAACAUUGGAUCAUCUAUAUGUUGUUGUGCAUGGAGUCCAUUGGGAUAUUCUUUUAUUUCUGGUGAUAAAGAUAAGAAUAUUGUACAAUGGGAAUAG